CCUAGAGCCGUGCAUGGGAGAUACGAACCGGUAACGGAGCUGGUUUUUAAAAACCUGUUUUGGGGGGAAUUGUUUCUGUUGAAAGACUAUGGACACCCAGAAAGACGCUCCUCCUCCAAAGCAGCAACCUAUGAUAUACAUCUGUGGAGAAUGUCACACAGAAAAUGAAAUAAAAGCGAGAGAUCCUAUCAGAUGCAGAGAAUGUGGAUACAGAAUAAUGUACAAAAAAAGAACAAAAAGAUUGGUUGUGUUUGAUGCCCGAUGAAGAAAACAGAAGAUGCAUCUGAUUUAUCGCAAUGUACUUUAGAUUAUUCAUGUUAGACUUUGAUUUUCUUAUGGGCAUAUGCAUUCUUCCAUUCUGACAGUGUGUAAAUUAUUCUGUUAUGACAAUAAAGUUUUAUUCCAGUACUUGGUUGACAUUUUUGCCAGUAAUGAAAUCUGAGAAAACUUUUAAAAAUCUUUUAAAGUUCUAUAAUAUCACCCACUACCCUAAAAUCUAAUUCUUUUCCUAACUGGGAAUGAAAGGGAUACUAUUUUAUAUUAACUGGGAAUGAAAGGGAUACUAUUUUAUAUUAAUAAUGAUCCCGUUUCUUUGGAACAGCUGGUAACUAAUACAGGAAAUCUGAAUUUAGAGUGGUUCCAGAUACACCAAUGACAACAUUUGUUAUGGGACCCAGGAUUAAAAACACAGGCUUGUUGGCCAUUAACAUGGUUUGAGAAUUUAGUAUCUAUGUGUGACCAUGUAAGGGUAUGGUGUCAUUAAUUUAUGGAGGAUUUGUAAGCAAUUUGAUAGGGCCCUCUAGAGGGAUUCUGGGAGGGUAUGGGAGUCGGUUGUGAAUGUGACUGGACACAACUUUAGACAAACCAGUUUAAUCUGUCUCAGCAUAUGUUUGGGAAAAUUCUAUCAAGAUAAUCCAUAGAUGGUAUGGACACUGGUGCAAUUACCCCAUAGGACAUAUGGACCUUUUGGGGGGGAUGCAAUCACAGGGAAACAUGUCCCCUGUGAUUGUCUUUCCCUAUGGCCCAGGACUAUUGAUCGACAAUACGUUUGGAAGUACUACAAAUUAUCCAGGAGCAUGUGUACUUCACUGCUUAGUGUAGUGGUUAUGAAAAGGAAAAAGAAACAACACACACACUUUAUGCUGUUUGACGGUCAUUUAUUACAUUGGCCAACAAAUCAGGUUUACAAAACAACUUAUCACCAACAUCAUCACAAAUUUGUAUGUCAUUAUAUUUCUGCUCUGAAAUUUAUCCUUGGAUAUUUCAAUCUCUUCUGGCUGAAGGAAAUGGUGACAUUAUCUCGGCAAUAUACUCUGUAAGAGCAACACAGCAACAGUGACUAUGAACGUGCUUACUUGGCUUCUGACAUGGAGGGGGAAUUCUUUUUGUGUUUCUUGUUACAGUCAAUUUCUAUUUUGUGACUUUGUAUAUCAUUGAAAAACCAAUUAAAAUGGUUAAAAAUUCAUUUAAGGUCUAAUGUGAUUGUUGCAUCUAAGUCAAACAGG